UAUUUGAUUUUGAUUUUUAGUUCCAACUGUCACCGCGUCAGACUCUUUUUUGCCAAGCUGUACAUAUCCGAUCCACAUCCCUAUGCCCAAAGAUAAUUGAAGUCAAAGUGAAAUUGAAUUGGUUGAAAAAAUCUUUAAAGUAGGAACCAGAUUCUUAAAUAAAUAGAAUCACUAUACAGCUAAGCUGUACUUCUUAUAAUUAUAAUUCACAACUACUGCUAUCACCACCAUAGACAAUAACGACGCUGCCACGCUGCUGUUUUCGACCUUACGCGAUGUUAAGUUCACCUCGAACAUCAGCGGGUGUUACGAAUUUGCUUUUACAUUUUUCGUUAUUGAUCUACCCAAGACAUUUUAUCAUUGCAGUAUCUCCCGUAUUGUUGAAAACUGUACCCAGAAAAAAGUUUGAUGGUAGACUCCACUGGCUUCCCAUAAUUGACGGCGAAUUACCCUCAGAGGCUAUGAUUGGUGGAUUUCAAAAUGAACCGAUUUACAUAGCCAGAGCUGAGCAUAUUCAUUCCGUGAAUCCUGGGAAGUUUGUGCCAUCUGCUGGUAGAGCAUUCAUACCUUGGGGUGGUAGAGAACAUUCGAAGAGUCGUUUCGAGAUUUUAUGUGGGUAUAAUGCUAUGUGGGUUAAAACGAGAAAUAAUCAAAUUCCACAUAAUGCAUUUAUUGGAGGCUCUGAAGUCAUGAAUAGACCAGUGUACAUAAGCAGGGCGAAGGUGAAUGGCAACCUUAUUUGCGGAAAAGCCUUUGCUCACCAUGCCUAUUUGCCUUACAAAGGUAAAGAAAUAAAAAUUGAUUCGUAUGAAAUAUUGGUGCUACCAGACGAUGAAAUACCACAAGCUUUACCUUUCUGUGAUAAAUAGCUUGUCAUUAACACAUUUAGACCUUAUGUUUAAUAAAUAGUGUAAUAAAGAUAA